UAAUAUUUUAAAGAGCAACAUGCAGCACGUGGCCAAAUGGAAGCUCACUUAAUUCACUUAAAUCUGUUUGAGUCGAAUUUUUUUAUUUUUUUAAUAAUUACUUUGUUAUCACUAUUAUUAUUAUAAAUAAUGGCUAAAUUACAUUCAUAUUAUACGUUAUGUCCACUAAUAGACCAACAAUCUUUAUUAGGAGUUGAAAAAGAUUCGGAUUCAGGAUGUGCUAUAAUUACAUUAGGGCGAAAUAUUGCAAUUCGUUAUAAGCUUCAUGAUUCAAAACAAGUAAGUAGUUGGUCUAGCAAAAAACGUUUUACGUCUCAAGUAAUAUAUGAUGAAAAAAGUAAUCGUUAUGCCGCAAUAUUUAACGAAAAAUACAUUGAAAUUUGGGAUAAAAAUGAAGUUGACUUGGAUAAAUUAAAAAAACAUAAAUUCAGCGAUUCAUUUUAUGCAAUUAUUACAUUAGAAAAUAAUUCAUCGGUGUUAGUAAAAGAAAAUGGAGCUACAGCAUCAUUAAAUUGGGCAUUGGAUAAUCGUAACACUUGGUCUUCAAAUAAAGGAUUUUUAAAACCUAGUGAAAAAUUUAUCGAUUGUAAAUUGAUCAAAGUUAAUAAUAAAACAUAUUUAUGUGCUUUAACUAAAAUAGGUAUAAAAUUAAAUUAUAUCGUGGUGGAGCUUAAAGAUGAAACUUAUUUAGAAAAUAAUAAUCAAACAAUAACAAGGAUUGAAUUAAAACGAAAAUCUGAACGGCUUGUUGGUCAUGUUAUACGUCAAGAUAAAAAUAAUGCAUAUCUUUUAACUCUAUGGUCACAUGGUCGACUUUAUAGUUAUCCAUUAACGUGUUCAUCAUCAGAACCAGCACCUGGAACAUUAAUAAGUGUUUUUUCGUUUAUAAGUACUAAUCAUCCAGUUGCAAUGAUAUCUUUAAAUGAAGCUACAAUUGCUGUAUAUGGUGCUGAUGCUAAUGAAGAAGGUGCUAUAUUAUCAAUAUACAAUAUUGAAUUUAAGCUUGUAGAAGCAACUCAAAAACUAAAACUUUAUACUAAAGACGCAAAACUUUGGCGUAUUGAUGAUAAAUUAUUACUUGCGGCCAAUCGUCAUCUAGCUGUUGCUCCAUUUAAAUUAGCAUCACAAAAAAUGGAUACAAUGCUUGGUUCAUCAUUGAGGUUUAAUAAUAAUAAUAAUAAUAAUAAUAAUAAAGUUUCAAAGUCAAUAGAUAAUGAUAAUGAUAUUAUUGAGAUACGAGAAACAGUAAUUGUCAAUUGGGAUAAUUCACCUACUAAUAAUCUUUCUGUAUUGUCAAAUAAAUUAUUGACAGUAAAUAAAGGUUUAUCAUCAGAUAAUAUCAUUAAACAAAUAAAUAGUUUGUUAAAUGAAGGAGCUAGUGAUGCAGCUAUACAUCAAACUCUUAUGCCUCAACUUAUUGAAUCAAAUGAUAUUAAAUCUAUAUUGUGGUGUAUUAAUAAUUUUAAAGAUUUGCCAGAAAAAAUAUUAGUUGAUUUAUUGGCAUUUGGACUUAGAACAAAUGAUGAAACAUUUUCACAAACUAUUCAAAAUAAAACAUCAACUUUUGAUAAUGAAUCACCUAUAAUAACGAGAUAUAAAUUUUUGGAUACAAUAUUUAAACAAACAUUUUCUGAUUUAUCAUUACUAGCAUGUAUUAAAUCUACAUUAACUUUUAAUGAGAUUCUUACAAUAAUCAAUUAUAUUAUUGAAAAAUUAAAUUUUUAUAAAAAUAGUAAUGAUAAUUUAAUUGAUAAACAAAGCGAUAAACAUCUUUAUGAAUGGGUUAGCCUAUUACUUGAUUCACACUAUCAACAUUAUUUAUUGUCUCAGGAUACUCAAGUUAUUGUUAUUCUUAAAAAAUUACAUCUUAUUCUAGACGAUCAUUUUAAAAUAUUUAAAGAUAUACAAGAUCUCAGACCAAUGCUACAACGUAUUAUCAACGGAAAAUCUUUAAAACCCUCUCGUAAAGAUUUUAAUAAAUUUUAUUCCAUUGAACAAAUUAAAUUGUAUUAACUAAUUAAUUAAUUAAAUAAAUAAAUAAAUAAAUGAAUAUAAUUAAUGAUUAAUAUUUUAUUAUUAUGUACACA